UGGCGCCGCUACUGGCGCAAAAGUCGAAAAAGGUGGAACGGCAUCAGCGGACGUAUGCUCUGUAUGAAGCUGUGACGGAGACCAUUCUCUCGGAACAUGCUUCUCGCUCGCCUUCUACCUACUUUUCAGCUACCAUGGUCUUUCUGGAUGCUCUGGCGGCAAAGGCCUCGCCCGAGCCCAUGUCCGUCUAUGGUGCUCUGCGCAUUCUCUCUCUCAUUCUGGCUCAUGUUCCUCAGCAACUGCUGGCAAAGCGAGCUGACGACUCGCUCAAGCUCAUCGGCGCCAUGAUGGCCAUGCCGGCGGUCGCAAAGGAUGUUGCCUUUCUCCGCGCGGGCAUCACUUGCCUCGCCGCCAUCCUCGAGUCGGUCCCGCGAUCGGCUUACCGCGCGCCCAACUCGGUCGCCUCCUCGGCUCUUGACGGCCUCAUCUCGCUUGUUCUUCACGAAAAGCCCAAGGUCCGCAAGCAGGCUGCCGAGGGCGUCCGCCUCGUCCUCGGCAUCGCCAAGAACUCGCGCGUGAGCGAGAAGACCGCCAAGUUUGCCCGCAAGGCCGUCGCCUCCUUUGCCCUUGCCACCUUUGCCGCCUCGGAUGAGUCCGGCAUCGACAAGGGCGCCGCCGCCAAGAUUGUGAGCCAGCAGCUCCAUGCCCUCGGUUUCCUCCGCACCGUCAUCCACGCCAUCGAGGGCAAGAGCUUGUUCAAGGUCCUCUCUGCCCUCUUCUCGCGCCUGGCCGGCGCCGCUAAGGCCCGUUCAGCCGGCUCCUCCGCCGUCUACUCGGCGGCCCAACUCGCCCACCUCCGCCUCCACCUCGUCCGCCUCCUCGUCGGCCUCACCUCGCACAUUGACGCCUUUGGCGCCGCCUUUGCCGACACUCCCGAGCAGCUCGAGUCGUUUGUCGACUCGCUCACCUCGAUCAUUCCGCCGCAGGGCAGCGCGACGGCGUCGGCCCUCGCCAUGGACGUCGGUGCGUCGGCCAAGGCUGCGUCAUCCAUUGCCUCCACCACCGGCAUCGACGUCGAGGUCGAGAUCGCGUACGUGAAGGUCAUGCGCAACGCGCUCUUUGUUCUCGGCCUCGUCAACACCGCCGCCGCCGGCGACCGCGUCCCCGCUUUUGUCUCCCGCUGCAUCGACCUCCUCUCUCACGACUCGCGCCAGCUCGCUCAGGCCGCCCUCAACGGCCUCCGCCGCGUCCUCGCCUCGGUCGUCGAGCUCGGCCACCUCGGCUCCGGCUCGCUCCAGGCCGUCAUCGCCGCCGUCGCCGCCGGCCUCUCCUUCAAGCACAAGAACGUGUGGGGCGCGGUCCUCGCCGCAGCCUCUGCCCUCUUCAUCCCGCUCACUCUUGACCGCUCCGAGGCGCCCGGUGCCGACGAGCACAACACCGCUGUCCGCGCCGCAUUCGAGGCCGGCAUCAGCUCCGGCAUCCUCGCUCGCCUCUCCGACAUUGCCGCCUCGCCCGACUUUAAGGACACCCGCGCCCUGUACCACUGCGUUGGCGAGGCGCUCCGCGCCUUUGGCCCUGGUCCGGUCUGUGCCGUCGUGCCCAUGGCCCUCGUCCCGCCCGAGGACACCGCCGCUAACCCGGCGCCGGCCAACGACUGGAUGCUGCUGGUUAUGAAGAAGUACGUCGUCCGUGCCAAGCUGCAGUACUUUAUGCAGUACAUCGAGCCGGCCGCCAACGCCAUCCUCGCUCGCUCGCUCUCGGCGCUCAACGACGACGACAUGCCCGUCCUCGCCAAGAACCUCUCCAUGCGCGCACUCCUGUUGUGGGACCUCUUCCCGGCCUUUUGCCGCUCGCCCGUCGACGUGCCCAAGGUCUGGGACCGCCUUGCCGCCCUCAUGGGCCGCACCCUCGAGUCCGAGCCCGAGCUUCGCACCACCGUCUGCGCCGGUCUCCGCCGCCUCAUCAGCCACGCCCUCGCCGUUCACGACGGCUCGGCCGCCGCAGCCCGCCCCUCGCCGCCGCCCACCGCCGGGCCCUACGCCGCCGCCCUCGUCACCGCAGACACCCUGCUUACUCCCGCCGGCCGCGUCGCCUCGCUCGAAGCCUCGCUCACCCUCGAGCAGGCUGACGCCAUCCUCUCCCUCCUCGUCGACGCCGCGCCCGAGUUCAUCGACCUCCUCGUCAAGCUCUUCCUCGACGCCGACCCGUCCGCCCGCGAGUACCUCGGCUCGACCCUCAAAGCCUACGCCCACAUCGCCCGUGGGCCCAAGCUCGACAAGCUCUUCCGCAAGCUUGCCAAGGCCCUGCUCAAGUCGUCGACCGAUGACUCCAUCCCACUCGCUGACAAGCUCGCCCAGCAGCACAACCUCACCGCCCUUGCUGUCGUCCUCGUCGGUGGCCUCUCGGACGACUCGCUCGAGCUGCUGUACAAGGUCAUCGAGCCGCAGCUGACACACACCGACACCACUCUGCAAAAGACCUCCUACCGCGUCCUCUCCGCCAUGAUCACCGCAUCGCCGUCGUUCCUCGAGACCAACCUCGCUCGCAUCCUUGCCACCCUUCGCUCCGGCACAGAGGCAUCGCUCUCGGCCGCGCGCUCGCUUCGCCUCUCGUGCGUCGCCGCCCUCGUCCGCGCCCUCCCGCCCGCCGCCCUCUCGCACGUCGUCUCGCCCGACGACUCGACCCUGCUUGUCGAGCUCAUUGUGGCGACCCGCGAGAGCGGCAAGGCUGCUGCCGCCAUGGACCUCAUGAAGGCCAUCGCCACACAGGUUGCCACCGGCGACGCCGACUACGACAUGCCCACCCUCGCCGCCCUCGUCCUCAUUGGCGUGACGAACCCGGACUCGGAGCUCGUCGCAGGCUCGCUCGGCAUCUACACCUACAUCAUGGUCCGCUUUGGCGACCACCUGCCAGAGGCGUUUGUCAUCAAGACCUUCCCCACCGUCAUCCAGCUGCUCAAGUCGGACGUGACCGCCGUUGUCCGCGCCGCGCUCCACCACCUCGAGCGUGCCAUCAAGAUCGUCCCGCCGCCUGUCCUCGGCACCCGUGCUGGAGACAUUGCCGAGGCCACCCUCGACUACGCCGGCCACCGCAAGGGCUCCUUCCGCAAGAUCAUCCGCUCCAUCUGGGAGAAGCUCGUCGUGCUCCUCGGCGGCUUUGAUGAGCUCAAGGCCCUGGUGCCCAAGAACCACAACAAGUACUUUGCUAACCUCCGCCACGAGCUCAAGGUUCGCGCCCGGAACAAGUCCGCCGACCGCAACGCCAAGCACGCCGCCAAGGGCGGCGACGACGACAUUAAUGAUGUCUACCUCGGCGUCGACUCGGACGACGACGACGACGCCACUGACUCCGCACAUGUCCCCGCAUCCGACGCCGACGCCGGCUUUGCCGUCCGCGAAGUCGACGACGAGUUUAUGGACUUCCUCGACCCGUCCGCCGCCACACACCUCGUCAAGCGCGACGCCGCAGGCAAUGUUACCGGCGCCCACUCGUCACGUAACGGCAAGGCCAAGGCCGGCCUCCCGCUCGCCUCGGACGGCCGCAUUGUCGUCGCCGAGAAUGACGACGAUGCCGACGAUGAGCACGCCGCCAAGCCAUCGCGCAAGCGUCGCUCACGCCACGGAUCAGACGACGAUGACAAUGACAACGGCGGAGGCGUCGCUGCCAUGGCUGUCGAGGGCUCGGGCCCGCGCAAGCUGUACAAGCCCAACAAGCGCGCCAAGCGCAACGACGGCGCCGUGGUCCAGUCGGGUGCAAAGUACCGCGCCAAGAAGGCCGGCGGUGACGUCAAGCUCAAGGGUGAGGCCGACCCCUACGCCUACAUCAAGCUCAACCGCAAGGAUCUCAACAAGCGUCAUCGCCGCCAGGCCUCGGGCAAGUACGAGAAGAUCGUCUCGGCCGCCCAGGAGGCCGGCAAGCGCGCACAGCGCGUCGCCAAGAAGAAGCAUGCCCAGCGCAAGCGCCGCUGACCGGCCCUGCCGCCGUUAAAGACCCCGCAUCACACCA